GCACCUAGACGUAUGUCCGAGCCACACGGAUCCUGUUUGAUUGCUGGUUCUUACAGUUUGUAUACAUCGUGUUAACUUGAGGAUACGAACAAUCACCCGAUUUCUUUUUAAUCUUGUGUGCGUGCUAUUUAUCUUUUCUCGUGCGGAUGUGCUUGACGCCCCCAUUAUUUUAUUCCGCGUGAUACGUGGCAUUUUACGCAAACGAAAGCAAUUCCAACGAUGGCAAACGAUAGCAAUUCGUCCAAUACCCGUACGCAUCCGUUUUGCACCAACGUGCAUAUAGGCGAGGAAGCUGGGGAAGCUGGUGUACUCCAGAGAUACCUGCUUUAGAACAUAAAGGACAUCGACAAAGUCCUGAAAUGGAAGCAGCUGUUUCAAACCUAGGCUGCACUGAAUGAGUCGGCUACAGUGCCGAAGACAUCAUGUCAUGGUUGGAGUUGUCUGUGCAAGAUGCAAUGCCAGAGCUCACCCUUGCACAGCUAGGUACAUGGCUUUCAGCCGUGGCCAUGAUGUUUGGGGGAGUGGUGCCCUAUGUCCCCCAGUACAGGGAAAUUAAGAAAACCAAGAAUGCUGAUGGCUUUUCACCAUUUGUCUGCCUUGCACUACUUGUCGCAAAUACACUACGGAUCCUCUUCUGGUUUGGGCACCCGUUUGAGACUCCGUUGCUGGUCCAGAGUGUGGUGAUGACAGUUUGCAUGCUGGCACUGAUGCAGCUCUGCGUACGCACCAAGAAUCAGUCCCUCAUUCUUCCUGUACCGGGCCAGACUUUUACAGGCUAUACUAAUGGGCCAGAGGGAAGAGCCAAUCAUGGUGCAGCAUCUGCUCCCCCUCGGCUCACCAUCUGGGACUGGGAGUGGCGUCACUUCUGGGCGUGGACAGACUUCCUUAGUUAUCUGGAGUUCCUCGCUUCUUUUACUUGCCUGAUGGGGAUUCUGAUGUACCUAUUCUUGGACGUGCCUCUGGUGGUAGAGACUGUUGGUUUCCUUGCUGUAUUGACAGAGGCCCUAUUGGGUGUCCCACAGUUUCUAAGGAAUGUCAGCAAUCAAUCAACAUCUGGUAUGAGCUUGAAAAUGGUGGUGCUUUGGAUGUGUGGAGAUGUGUUCAAGACUUGUUAUUUUGUGCUACGAAAGGCUCCUCUUCAGUUUGGGCUAUGUGGUGCUCUCCAGGUGAUGUUGGACAUGGCAAUUUUGGGACAAGUGGCCUGGUACGGGCAGGGCCACCACAAAGCUACACCUGUGCUGCGUUUCCUUAAAGCACCAGUUCAUACAAGCUGAUGUCUGCUUUAUUUUCUAUAUCCCUUUUCCAAGGUCUCUUUUAACGAGACACGCGAGAAAUAAGCCUCGCUCAUUGUUGUGUUUUAGGCCACCCUAAAAAUUGGCAUACAGAAUUUUUUAUAGCUGCAGUUGUAGUCCACUUGGGACAAAGAUAGAAAGUCCCUGAAGCUUGUUUUAUAUUUUGUUGAACUUUUAUGCCCAAUGAGGGAUGUAGAAAUAUUUGUUACCCUCUGUUAAGUAGUUUACUUCGGAGGUAAUCCACUCACCAAAGAGGAGUCUAAGAAAAGGAGGGUAUCCACUCUCGUUUUCUUGGACUCUCUGGUGUGUUAGUCUCUAGGGAUGUUAGAUGACUCCUCAGUGACUGAAAGAUUAUAAGUAACAUCACUGAAACAAGACAUGGUACACAAAACCAAAGAAAAAAGAAUAAGUCUGCUGAAAAGGAAUUUUUUUUUUUUUGCUGCAAACGUAAUAGUAAUGUCUGCUCUAGGCAAAGCAGCGCAGGAUUGAGUAAUGCCUGCUGUGAGGGUGUCGAAACAUGCCAUUAAGCCCAUUCCAGUCAGUGUGCUUUAUCUGUUGAAUAUAUUCUAACAUUUCCAACAAUGUCACACAUAUUGGCUAAUUUUGUUCAAUUUCACCACAGCGGACACGCUGUGGCAUCACUGUGUCCCAAACUGCUGCAGUAAUGUCCUCAUCUGCUAGUACCUCCAUUAAACGUCAGCUUUCUGCCAACACAUAUUUGAGGUAAAACAAGCCAAGUGAAUAAUUUGUUGUUGCUGCUUCCUAUCAUGCUGUCUCGUAACUGCAUUGCCAACUCAACAUCUUAGAAGGCACCUGUUAUACAAUAAUGUUACCAGUCAUAGCUGAAUUUGUAUCGAUGUGGCAGAUAUUGUUAAAAAAAUACUACAAAUAACAUGAGCAGCAGCAAAAAAUGGAGGAACUUGCCAUGUAUUAUACAUUGGAAGGGGCACUAUUAUUUGCUUGAUGGCUGUUCAGGUGCAGGAAGUGUACAAAUUAAAAUUGAAAUGUUAGAAUUGU